GAGAAGGAGGAUCGUGGGUUUUGGGGGGCCAGCGUUAGUCUCGCCUAUCAUCGGCUGAACGUGGAGCCAACUCCUCCUCUACAGCGUUACGCACAGCCCCUGAUCGAGACCCACCAGUCACCAAACACACUGCUGAGGACCAAGGAUUGUAAAAGUGUUUUGUAAAGAAAAUCAGCUCUAAACUUGGACUUAAUCUGGAGAAAAAGAAAAAGAAGACGUUCCCUUUUUCUUUUUGGACAUGUAUUUUUUCUUCUGCUUGUGAUGCUCUAGAUGUAAUCUGCUGCCCGGCUCUGGCACUGCCACUUGCACUGACUGUUCUGCGCGAAAAGGGACAUCAUUUUGUGCCAAUGCCUCGCAGACUGCCGACAUUCUGAAAUAUUAGUCCCGGCUGGAGGAGGAGGAGGAGAAGGAGAGGGGCUUCCACAGUUGAUCCGAAGAGAACAUCUACAACAUCAUCCCCUCUGCGGCAACCAUGCUCUUUCACGGCCUCCCCGGAGGCGACGUGCACGGCGUGGUGGAGGAGAUGGAGCGGCGAGGCAAGAGCGAGUCCACGGCCAUCAGCUCAGCCAUCGACAUGGGCGAGUCCGAGACGACCAUGCCGUGCCUAAGCAGCGAGCGCGUGGCCCUGUGCGCGGGCUGUGGCCGAAAGAUCGCAGACCGCUACUACCUUCUGGCCGUGGACAAACAGUGGCACAUGCGCUGCCUCAAGUGCUGCGAGUGUAAGCUCAACCUGGAGUCCGAGCUGACCUGCUUCAGCAAGGACGGCUCCAUCUACUGCAAAGAGGACUACUACAGAAGAUUUUCGGUGCAGAGGUGCGCCCGGUGCCAUCUGGGCAUCUCAGCGUCCGAGAUGGUGAUGCGCGCGCGGGACCUGGUCUACCACCUCAACUGCUUCACGUGCACCACGUGCAGCAAGAUGCUGACUACCGGGGACCACUUUGGCAUGAAGGACAGCCUGGUGUACUGCCGCCUGCACUUUGAGACUCUCAUCCAGGGAGAAUAUCACUCUCACUUUAACCACGCGGACGUGGUGGGGCACAAAGGCCUAGGCCCGGCCAACACGCUCGGACUAUCCUACUUCAACGGCGUGGGCACGGUGCAAAAAGGCCGGCCACGGAAGAGGAAAAGUCCCGGGCCUGGAGCGGAGCUGGCGGCUUAUAACGCAGCCCUGAGUUGUAACGAGAACGACGGAGAGUCUAUGGACCGGGACUCGCAGUAUAGCUCCAGUCAGAAGACCAAACGCAUGCGCACCUCCUUUAAGCACCACCAGCUCCGCACCAUGAAAUCCUACUUCGCCAUCAACCAUAACCCAGACGCUAAAGACCUCAAGCAGCUGGCACAGAAGACCGGCCUCACCAAAAGAGUCCUGCAGGUGUGGUUUCAGAAUGCCCGGGCCAAGUUCCGGCGAAACUUGCUACGCCAGGAGAGCACCGGAGUGGACAAGGCGUCGGACGGGUCGACGCUGCCGGGCGGGACCCCCUCUGGCCCCGCCUCUGAAAUCUCUAAUGCCUCCAUGAGCCCCUCCAGCACCCCCACCACCCUCACGGACUUAACCAACCCCACCAUGCCCACAGUCACCUCCGUCCUCAGCUCUGUGCCAGGCGGGCUGGACGUUCACGAGUGCCGGAGCCCAUCACAGACCACGCUGACCAGCCUCUUCUGAUGGAACAAUACACCUCCCCUUUUCCCUUUUACCUUCUACCUUUCCUGAAAAAAAUGGCCUCUCCAAUAUCUCCCUAUAGGGCAGUUAAGUGAUGACGUCAUACCUUCUGGGUCCAAUACUUCCAGCGCAAUAGACUAUUUUAACUUUCUAGCUGAUUUAAUACUUCAAUGAUAUAAAUAUUUUAAAAUGCAUUUAUCUUUUACAAUUUGGUGCGUUAUCAGUUACAUCAACCUGAAGGUAAUAUGAUGUUUUGCCCUUUGACAACACAGUAUGCACUUAUGGUCAUGUUUUAUUUUAUACAUAUAUAACUAUAGUAUUUGCACUGCAUCAAUCAAGGUCAGAAAUGAAAAAUAAAUAAAUAAAUAAAUUGCAGUGUCACUAAUAGUGUGGUAUUAGGAUUAUAACGGCCACAUGCAUUUUUUUAAAUUUAUUAUCAAGAAAAUAUCAGCCAUGUUUAGAGGUUAUUUACAAUCUUCAUAUUUAUGUUUAAUCAUAACUUCAUGAAAUAAAGUAAAGUGACAGAUGUGCCCUGUUACUAUUUAAUUACCACAGUAACACGAUUUGUUUGCCUGCUACUUCCUGCUUUAUCACACAACUAGUACUACUACUUAUUAUUCCCGAUUAUAUUGUAUCAGUCUAUGGACCUGAACUUUUAGCAUAUGUGCAAAUUACAGAAAUAACAAAUACAAAAAAAAAGUGCAUCUUAAAAAUAACGAAUUUGAUGUGUAAAAUAAUAAAUUAGUCCUAAAUAAUCAUAUUUUAAAAAUUGGUAAAUACGUUAAUACAAAUAAACAAUAUUGAUAUACUGAUAGAGCUGAAAGGAAUACUAAUACAAGUCUAUGGAGCUGGAACAGUUUGGACCCCAGGUAGCUGUGAUGUCACCUGUGAUGUCAUAUUUAAUGGCCCUAUAGCCCCGCCCCUUAGUCGUGGAUCUAACACUGAGCACUGUCGACUGCUGUGGACUCCGGUGGGACUCUGGAAAAACCUCUCUUCUUUUCACUUCGAGCCACACAAACAUUUGCAUAGUGCGGCCUAAGGAACACUGGUCGUUAUUUUGAUGUUGUCUUGUCGAGAACUGAGG